AUGAAAAAUAAAAAACUAGAUACUGGCUUCAAAUUUUUUUUUUGUUGGGUUAACAUAUAUAAAUUCGGAAGUUUCAGCUUAUCAAUUCGGAAAGUAUGCAAGAGCCUUCGAAGCUUUGUCGACACCAAAUAUUUUGAGUUUUCCAACAUGGAUCUUUGCAUAGCGAUUGAUGGUGAUAAUUGUUACCUAAAAAUAAAAACUCCCGAUGAGAAUAGAACUCUCGGAUACAAAAAAAAUGAAAUUGGGUGUAGCUUUUGGGCAGAUCCACCAAUAGCUUAUAAUUCUGAUUAUAUUCAAACUUGGACGAUCAUAGGCGAUACACCUCUGAACGUGUGCAUGAGUGAUCUGGGGUCUAUCUUGAAACAUCAUAAAGCCCCAAUCGACUUUUUCAAGUUCGGACUGCGUGCUAUCGAUGACGUUGUUAUUCUCACAGAAAUUAUCAGAGAAACGCUUAUGCCUGAAGAAACGCGGUUAAAAGUGAACACAGUACGUUUGGUCGGAAUUGAUAUGAAGAUGAUGACCAGAAUACUGUCGUAUUUGGAUGAAAAAAUGCUAAAUGCAAUUAACCUGGUGUAUGAUGCAGAAAGCAGAAAUGAAAGAGAAGAACUUGACACUGGUCGAAUGGUGAAGCUGGCACAAUGGAAAAACGCCAAAAUACUUAGUGUUGAAAAAUGUGCUGUGUCGUUUCCAAUUGAAAGUAUUGGACAUUUUUACAAAGUAAAACUUUGUUUCCGUCAAAUUACCAUCCAAGAUUUACUUUAUCUGAAGGAGAUUUUUAUCAAUUCAUGUGUCCCUCGAAAAUUCAAAAUUCAAAGUAGAUCGUUUGAUGCAGAAAAUUUGGAUGAAACUUUUGGCCUCCCUUUCGUGACCGAAAAUAAUGUGCAGCGUAAAAUGUGGGUAUUCAGAGUGCUAGUGAACAGGCGGAGAGUAGUUCAACUAGACUAUUUGGAGCGUAUAGCAGGUGCGAGGGAGAUAACUUGUUUCAAAUUUACACAUUCCGAAGUGCCACCAGAACUAAUUGAUGAAAUCCCUUGGUAG